GCGAGCGCUGCAGCUAAGCGCUAAGGAGCCGCCACUGCCUGCCUGGAUCCCGCAACCUCGCGCCGACUACUGUCGCCCCAUCCCUGCGCGCCCCAGCCGACCCAGCAGCGGGCCCCCGUGGCGGGCGCCAUGCAGCGGGCGCGCUCCGCGCUCUGGGCCGCGGCGUUGACCGUGCUGGUGCUGCUCCGCGAGCCGCCCGUGGCGCAGGCUGGCGCGGGUGCGGCGGGCACCGGCCCCGUGGUGCGCUGUGAGCCGUGCGACGCGCGUGCGCUGGCCCAGUGCGUGCCUCCGCCCGCCGCGCCCGCGUGCGCCGAGCUGGUGCGCGAGCCGGGCUGCGGCUGCUGCCUGACGUGCGCGCUGCGCGAGGGCCAGCCCUGCGGCGUCUACACCGAGCGUUGCGGCGCCGGCCUCCGCUGCCAGCCGCCUCCUGGCGAUCCGCGCCCGCUGCAGGCGCUGCUGGACGGCCGCGGGCUCUGCGCCAACGCCAGUGCCAUGGGCCGCCUGCGCGCUUACCUGCUGCCAGCGCCGCCCGCGCCAGGAAACACCAGUGAGUCGGAGGAGGACCGCGGCGCCGGCAGCACGGAGACCCAGGCCGGCCCCGGCACACACCGGGUGUCUGAUUCCAAGUUCCACCCGCUCCACGCCAAGAUGGACGUCAUCAAGAAAGGGCAUGCCAAGGACAGCCAGCGCUACAAAGUCGACUACGAGUCUCAGAGCACAGACACCCAGAACUUCUCCUCUGAGUCCAAGCGGGAGACGGAAUACGGUCCCUGCCGCAGAGAAAUGGAGGACACGCUGAAUCACCUGAAGUUCCUCAACGUGCUGAGUCCCAGGGGUGUCCACAUUCCCAACUGCGACAAGAAGGGAUUUUAUAAGAAAAAGCAGUGCCGCCCUUCCAAAGGCAGAAAGCGGGGCUUCUGCUGGUGCGUGGAUAAGUACGGCCAGCCCCUCCCAGGCUUCGACUCCAAGGGGAAGGAGGAUGUGCACUGCUACAGCAUGCAGAGCAAGUAGACGCCUGCCCUGUGAUUUAAUGUGGAGCUCAAAUGCACCUUAUUUUGCACAAAAGACUGCCAAGGACAUGAUCAGCAGCUGGCUACAGCCUCGAUUUGUAUUUCUUUCUGUGGUGAACUGAUUGUUUUAAAACCAAAGUUUAGAAAGAGGUUUUUGAAAUGCCUAUGGUUCCUUUAAAUGGUAAACUUGAGCAUCUUUCUUCCCACUUUCCUGUAGUCAGUGAAAAGCAGUUUGAAUUCUCUUGUUGCUUCCUAUAAAAAUACUCGUAAACUCGAGCACAGCACCCAGAUGUCCUCCCCUCCUGGAGUUCUCACCGUGCACCAGAGCGGCUGACCCUCUGACUUCAUGACUUAGGCAGCUGUGUUGCCUGUGUAGAGUACACGCUUCACCCCCACCCUCUGUAAAGUGAGCACAGGUCUUCUCAACAGUAGGAAAACCCUUAAACUCCGGUCAUCUGGGAGCCUUUCUGUGGUGCCCUCUUUGAGGCAAGAGCCUGGGUCCCUCGACCAAGAAGAUCAUUCAUAUCGUCAAGUGACCUGUACUGCUUGGGGACUGUUGGAGAGAAUAAAGUGGAGUCUUACUUGUAAAAAGAAAAAAAAAAAAAGACCAAGAAUGUUCUAGGCACUCUGGGAACCUAUAAAGGCAGGUAUUUCUGCCCCUCCUUUGUCAGGCAGCUUCCUGAAGACGUGGCCUAGGGGAAGGCCCAGGGUGGCUUUGCUGUGGCCCCACAGGGAGGAGGGAUGGGGACAGUGAGAGUCAACCUCCGAGUUCAGAGGCAUUGCAAAAAACGGCACUAUUCUUCAGAUGACUGCGGAAAAUAGUGUUCUGUAGUUCAACAGCUCAUGACAAAGUUCAUUUUUGAGGAUAAGCUUUUUAAAGGCAGAGGUUUAUUUUCAUCUCUCACCUUUUGUCCUCCUUGGCAUAAUGUAAAAAAAGAAUAAUAAUAUCUAAACAGGAAAGUUGAAUGGCUUGCUGGGGAGCCCACUGAGAACAUGGGGAACACAUAAAAAAUCACCUGUGUUUGUUGAACUUGGAGUCAUUCUCAUACUUUUCUUUAUGAUUCACACAUAUAUGCAGAGAAGAUACAUUCUUAAUUCAUUGUUAACAUUGUAUACAACAUAGCCCAAUAUAAUAGGAUCUAUGCUAGAUAUUCCUAGAUGAAAUGUUAGACAUGCUAGAUGUUGUAACUACGGCCACAUGCGAGGAAAGGAGCUGGUGCCCAGGGGCCGGGCUGCUCUCCCAGAGGCCAAACCCAAGGAGGUCUGGAGAAGUCGGGCGCGAGAGGACUCUGCCCUGUCCCGCUGCGGCCCUCGAUGGGUGUGGACACGUGCUUCACAGAGCUCUCCUCGUGAACACAAAAGGGUCUUAAGACAUUCUGCCUACCUAUCAGCUUUUCUUUAUUUUUUUAAUUAAGUUUUUGAAAAAGAAAAGUAUUUUUGAAAAGUUUGUCCUGCAAUGUAUUUAUAAAUAGUAAAUAAAGUUUUUACCAUUAAAAAAA